UAGCAUCGAUCCUUCGAUCACCAUGAGUUUCAGAAGAAGUUAGCUGCCGAUCUAGGAAGAAACAAGCUUAAUUAACCGAUCGAUCGAGUUGGAGGAAGAAGAACGCCAUGAGGGCUGGCAUGGAGAAAUCGAAGGUCGUCAAGGGCACUGCUCCUGCUCAAGCUGCGGUAGCCGCCGCCGGAGACGAAGCAAGGGAGCUGCCUCCGGGCCGAGAACAUCACCUUCUCCCUGCUCCACUGCAAGAUAUGGGGGAGAUGGACUCACAAGACAAGGUGAUACAAGAAAGCAAGCAAGCUUUGCUGAAUCAGGAGGGGGAUUUAGAAGCAGGAGGAGAUCAAUCAAACGGCCUGCCAGUUGAGAACCGAUCAGCGAUGAGCACUGCAAGAAAAGAGAACAAGCGUCUGAUGCAUCAUUACCUGAAACUUGCAUUGCUCCUCAUCACAAUCUCUACGGUCCCUCUGAUUGACAUUCUAUUUCUUCGUGGAUCUGCACUCAAACUUCCAGAUGGACUGAAAUGUGCAGUCUUCUUCGCAUUCACGGGCUUUGUCGCUGCCAUUUGCCUCUUGUUCAACACCCUGAAGUUGAUGACAAUCAAGCCAGAGCACAUCAUCAUCCCCAUCAACCAACUCAGAGCUUCCAUAGUCCUCUUGGCUACCUCUAUAUCCUCCCUUAUUCUGACAAGCAUUUCCAUCACAUGUUCUCUGAUUCCUAAAGCCUAUUACUUCCUGCCCAUUUCAUUGCUCCCUUCAAUCCUUGCUGGUGUUUUUCACUUCAUUUAUCGCGGCAAAUUUGAAGACAGAGAUGUGACGCCUGAAAAGAGUAAAAUUCUGAAGAAGGCUCUGAAGAGUGCGACUCAGCUCACCUUAUCUCUGGUGACCACAUCUUUCUCUGGCUUCAUCGGUGAUCUCCUUGGAAUCUAUCACAAGACAGAGAAAUUGGGUGACCAGUAUUCGUUCGUCAAGGUGUCCAUCUUUCUCAUGCUCGGUGCAGGCGUCGCUGGAAUCUUGGCGUUGCUCCUUUGUAGAUUGCUGUCCAAAAAUGGAGAUCAACCGGCGGCAGACGACGCGUCGGGAAUAUGGUGGCAGAAGACGAUACUAGCCAGCGCAAACAUCGUCACGCUCGCGAUGCUAGUGCCGGCGCUGCUGUUGAUCGCGGCGACAAUCCUGCACGGGCUCCUCCUGCCGGCCGUCGUCUUCCCUACUGCUGCCGGAGCUGCCGCGUGGGUGUUCAUCGAGUUCUUUACCGCGGCAGGCACCGACGACGACGACGGCGGCCGCACGGAGGAGGACGGGAAGGCCGAGCUGGGCACGAUGUACGCCAUCUCGGUGGCGGUGGCGUCGGUGUCGUUCGGGGCCAUACUCACCGUGUUCGGCGGGCUGCUCGGCGGCACGGUGGGCAAAGGGCAUCUGAAGGUUUCCACGUUCUUCCUGGCCUCGGCGUUCGUCUCCGCGGUUAGCCUGGGGGUGGUGGCGUCCACGGCGCCGGCGAGGAAGGCGAGCGUGGCGGUCGCGGCGGCUGUGCUGGCGUGCUGUGGGAUGGGCACGCUCGUUCUCGCCGCGCUCGCUCUCUUCUAUCAAAUCGGCGCAUGAUGGAGUGCUUCGCCAAGCCAGCUGCCGGCUGCAAGCGUGUGCACCGCAUGCAUUGCGGUGCGGAUACUUGGUCGGCUAUUAAGUGGAGAAAACGACGGCACUGUGCACUGAAAGGGCAUUCAGAUCAGCGGUUACAUACCAUGAUGAGAUUUGUUGCAAUCCAAUAAAAAGUAACAAAAAGUAUCUCGUGGUACUAGUACAUGGUACCAAAUCGUUUUUUGAUCGUUGGAUCU